AUGGAUCUGAAAGGGAUCUGCGUGCUCUCCGUCAUCCUUGUUGUAGCCCUCAUCACCACGACAGAAGGGAAGACACCACCAACAAAAUGCCAGUGUAAAAUAGCCCCCAGGGAGCGGAAGAACUGUGGACCCCCAGGAAUCUCAGCAGCUGACUGCAGGAAAGCUGGGUGCUGCUUCAACGCUUCAGUCCCUGGCGUCCCCUGGUGCUUCACUGCUAAACCAAAGAAAGUUAAGAAAGUCUGUCCUGCCGACUCUCGGAUCCGAGUGAACUGCGGCUACCCUGGCAUCACAGCCAAGGAGUGCACAAAUAGGAAGUGCUGCUUCCGGGCACACCCCGCUGGUGUCCCCUGGUGCUUCUACCACCGCACGGUCGAGGAAGCUUGUUAA